AACAUAUUUCUCUUGUUCAUUUUAGUCUAUAUUUAUAAAGUACAACUAACUAUGAAACCUAAAGUUGUAAUUGUUUUUGUUUUUUUAUCUUAAACUAGUACAAGUAGUAUCACAGAGUCGAGUUAGAACUAAGAUUAACAAAUUAGGCCCUAAGAGUAAGAGUAAAGAGAACUAAGACUCACAAGUCAUAUGACUCGAGGACCACUAGUACAGGCCACUGGGGAUGAUUUUGGGAUUGGAAUGAUUAUUUUAUAAGGUCUUUCAACUUGAUUUCUCCUGAGAAAAGAAAGGUUGCAGGUCGGAGAAGAAAAAACUGACUGGAAGGUUAUUGCUAUAGAGAACUUCACAGAGAUCAAGAUGCUAAAUGCCAACCAUGCAGGAAAAUUAGAAAAAAAUUAACAUGAUACCUAUACUCUUAGUUUUGAAGAAGGAAAGGCAAGCCAUGUAGAAAAGCUGAACAGUGGCUCAAAGUCCUAUUUAAUAUCGGGAAGAAAACUUGUUUAUUUUGAUAAUCACUAAUGACAAGUACAAGUUAUCGAAUGGAUAGUUUGGGACGUCGCAGUGAGACAGUCAGCUGUCUAGUCAACCAGGUCAUAUUUUUUAUGCUAUGUGAUCGUUGGUUUUGUCCUAAGGAGAGGUUGACAGGCUUGUAUUCGUUGUUAUUUUACAAUGUUUUCUGUUAUCUGAUUACCUAUGCUCGCCGUUUGCUCGACUUUCAUAAUUACUCGCCAAUAGUUCGUAUGUCAGAGCAUACAAACAUCCGUCACCUCAGCUUGACUGCAACCAAAAUAAUCCUGGAUUUAACCAAAGCAAUCACUUUUGUCAUCACUGGGGUAUUCAUGUUGCUGGUGUUUGGUUUGGAGCAAGGCUUGGAGCAUUUCAGUCCAACGUGGUGGUAUAUUAUGGUAACAACCAUGUAUUUCCUCCUCACAGAACGAGCCUGCCAGCAGAGAGCCCCUACUGUGUUGUCCUGGAUGCAGCUGGAUAUGCUAGAGAAUUUGGAGCCACUGUGGUGUCCUGUUCUUCUGCGUUUUCUCUCCUCCUUUGCUUCAGGACUUAUGAUCACUGUUGUUUUGCUGUGUACCGAUGGAGGUUGGAUGCUUAUACUUGCAGCUAGUUACAUCAAUGUCUUUCUGGGUAUACGUGAUCUUGAAAAACACUGGAAACUUCUUCUGCAGGAGCGAGCAUGCCUUGAUAAAUACAGAUAUGCGACUCGUAAGGAGCUCACCGAGAGGGAUGAUGUGUGUGCAGUAUGCCUUCAGGCAAUGAUGUGUGCCAGGGUUACGCCUUGUCGACACAUGUUUCACGGUGACUGUCUCAGAAGAUGUUUAAAAGAACGCACUACUUGUCCACUGUGCAAGCAAGAGCUCUAGUCAAUUGUGCCAAAAGUCUUUUUAUUUUGACUGUACAUAUACAUUAAGGAGUUGUAGAGCUAGUUCCUGCUUCACCUUAGCCUUAUGUAACAAGACUACUGAGUUGAAAUACAAUAUGUGAGUGCCUUGAGAGAAAGAGAGUUAAGCUUUUUAUUGCUUAGUGGAGAUUUAAAUUUGUAUGUUUUACAAUAAUAAAAGUUUGGCUGUUU